AUGCGCUUUGCCCCUGCUUCACCGUCUCACAAUCGACCGUGGGCCUUGCGCUCGUGGCUACUUACCCCGUUGAAUCUACUCAACAACACUUACGAGCACAAGAAGCAACUAGCAGAUCUUAUCUCCUUGGGUAUGUCAACUCACGGCAUCUACACUAGUCGCCUGAGAUCCGCACGCAUCAACAGGGCUUCACGAAGCCGUGGUCGGAGUCCCGACCUUGACAACAUGAUGUUUCAAGGCGAUCAUCUAUGGGAUCAAAGAGUUGCAGGUCCCGAGCGACAAAGUCUUCUGGCGCGACUUCCCACUAAGCGACGACGCACCAUAUGUGACGACGACGACGAAGACGACAUCGAGAUAGUCGAGAAGCCGGGAUAUCGGAAGAAAGCCAUUGACCUGACCACUCCAUUCACAGAACAUGUGGAGACCCCUAGCGGUGAUGGUGAAGGGCCUUUGUUCGCGGUCAUCACCAUCAAGACCAGAGGUGGUCGCGUCAUCAGGACUUUGGAGGAUGUGACAGUGGUUCGCCAAAUUUCCCAAUACGCCAAGAAGCUUGACAAGACAACGAGCCGGCGUGUUGAGAUCAUCGACGACUGCCAGCGCGACGAAGAGACGGUGUUGCAGAUGCUGGAAUUCUGUCACUCAGGGUCAUUGCCAUCCCUCACCACUGGACGAUCACACUUGCUCUCGAGUCAGCUUCGCGAGAGGGUCAAGCUCUACGAUCUUAGUCUCGCACUAGGCGUGCCAGGUCUGGAGACUGCGGUCAUUGCCCAGAUCCGCGGCUGCAGUGGGAUGGAUGCCGAAAUCUCUGCAGACUUCGCUCGCUACUGCUACUUGCCAAGUCAUGACCAUGUGAAUCCGCAGUGUACGCUUGGAGUACUCGUGAAGCAACUUCUGCGCACACACCUCACGGCCAUGGGCCAAAGUGGUGCCGCGAACUUAAUUCAGGAAGAAGGUGGCCCUCUUGCGGGCCAGCUUCACAGCAUACUCAUGGAGAAAUACCUGGCAUCUGGAAUGGAGGGCUCGGGCGAAGUCGAGCAAGGACAUCACGAAGCAAGGACUCAAUCGGGCGGAUACUCAGAGGAGCUCCAAGAAGACCAAAAGCAUGUAUUUUCUUUGAAGAGUGACGGUCUCGAUUUCAACGCCGCUGGCACGGCAGAAGUCAGACCCGAUCCUACCAAGUGGACGAAAAUGAAACCCUUCUUCACUGGUCCUCAAGAAAAGCCUCCGAAAGAGGCCCCUGCUCCUUACGCACCACUAGCUCAGCCUCAGCCUCCUCGUCGACCCCCACCAAUGAACCGUGCGGCCAGUGCGGGUCUCCAGGUUACGCUCCAAAACAACAUGGUAUCCCUCGCAGAGAUGCAGGAGCGUGUCAAUGCCGACCCGAGUAAGCACGCCUACCUCCCUCCCAUGCCUGCUCCACCACUCAAGACAAUACCACGGACCAUGAGAAAAGCUAACCCAACUGCCGUACCACAGACAGAACCCAUUGAGCCCAUUGCAAACGCUGAGCGUCCCGUGAUGACGCCACGAGCGGCCACAACACCUCCAGCGGGCGCAGCGUCGACGCCGAUAAAACGAAAGCCGGUUCCGAAGGCUACGCCCGGCGCUGCAGCGGCGGCGGCUGCUGCGAUGUAUCCCGGGUCCAAGAUGCAGCGUAGCAAGACGUAUGAUGCGACCACGAGUGUGCCCGACCAUGAAACUAGUGAGCUUCACGCAGCGCCUACGUCCCAACAACCUGUUACACUACCCACGCAGCAGGACUCGCAUCCCCCACCGGAGAUGGAACCUGAGACUAUGCCACGUCGACCCAAUCUCUCACGCUCAGCAUUCUCCAAGCCGAUGGUACGAAACCGCAAGGAUGUCAGGGAUUCUUUCGUACCGCCUCGUGCUUUCUAUGGCCCAGCCUCGAAGGUGAGACCAUCUCGUCCCAGUGGGAAGAGCCUACCUCCUUCUCAGGCGAUUCGCGUUCAGACCCCUACCUUGCUAUAUGAGUUUAGCGUGGGUCUGGGCUCGCAAGCUCGGAGCGACACCACCUUCGAGCGACAUGCGCGGUCUGAGAAGGAGAUAGGGAAGAGCACCGAUACUAGAGACUGUCUCGUGGCCGCUGCCACCACUUCUGUAGUGCCUCGACGGUAUGGAUGUAAGACAGAGGGCCAUUUCGCAUCCUCAGCAUCUCGCAAGCGUGCGGGUAAAUCCUCUCACGACCAGGAUAUGUUUGCUGUCGGGGCGGCGGAUUUCCCGGCACGCUUGCGAGAUGCUGAGGAUGCGAAAUGGCCCUGGCAGAUGUUACCAUCAAACCACCUCCUGUAG